AUGAUGAAUCGUCUAUUCUCUCGCUCCUCCACUCCCCAGGGCCAUGCUCCUCGCCCAAGCAAUAUCCCCCCUGUGGACGUCUCCGCCACACGAGGCAAACAUCGCACCGCUAAUGCCCACACUGCAAAAAGGGACAGGCGGCUGAAGUCACAACGUCCUCCUCGCAAUAUAACCUACACCUCUCACGCUGGAGCAUCAAACAGCAACACACCACCACCAGGGACAUCCAAUGCAGUCGGUGGAACUACCUUAGUAACCUUGCAGAUCAGAAGUAGUACUGGACCUCCUGCCCCGCUAGUCAUCGCACAUGCUCCACACGCUAGCUGCUUUGCGGUUCUCGCAAGGUUCUUCCCGCGUCUAUGA